UCGCAAGCUCCUGUCUUGUUUUCGAGCCGCGGUAGACGCUGCUCAACUCAACUCACGAAGUUAGAAGCGCUAGAGACGACCCUUUACUGGUGAAUGAAAGAGACCAAAACAGCAUGUACCAAGUAGUACCUGGGGGAGCAGGAGGCACCAUCACAGAUGGGGUGCCUAUUAAGAAGAUAAACAAGGAGAGUCGUCCACUUGUAGGCGCUGGGAUUCUGGGUUUAGUCUUGGUUAUUGCUGCUGUGACAGCAUGGUGCUACUAUAUUGCCUCUCUUCGUAAGGCUGAUCUGUUGAAGACCGAGUUACUGGAUCUCAAUAAGGAUGGCUUCCUCAUCCGAAACCAAGCUGGGGGAAUUGUGUUCAAGAUGGCUUUUAGGUCUGGAACGCUCGAUUUGGACUCCUGUUCCAAGCAGGGUGUAAUUCUUCACUGCUCACGCUCUGAUGGCAGAAGGGUGAAAUUCUUCAUCAUGACUGUGAAGCCCAAAGAGACAGUGAUGUGCUACCGUGUCCGCUGGGAGGAGCUGGAGUCAGACCGACCCGUGGAGCAUGCCAUGUCCUACAACGGCUCACAUUGGUACGGCGGAGCUGAGACUGCGGUGCAGCAUUGGCCUGUUGCCAUCUCGGGCCAGCAGGCACCCAAGCCCUUUGUCACCAGUGAUGUCUAUUCCAACCGCAACGACUUUGGUGGCAUCCUUGAGCGCUACUGGCUCUCAUCCAAUGCAACUGCCAUCAAGAUCAAUGACUCCGUGCCCUUCCACCUGGGCUGGAACAAUACAGAGAAGACCUUGUACUUCCAGGCGCGAUAUCAGGACAGUCCAUACAAGCCUCUGCCAGGGAUGCCACCUUACGCUGAGCUUAGCUAUCGCGUAUGUGUGGGGCCAGAUGUGACUUCCAUCCACAAGGUCAUGGUUCGCAGGUACUUUCCCAAACCCAACAAGGUGCCUUUGGAAGCCAUGUUUCGCCAUCCUAUAUGGUCCACCUGGGCUUUGCACAAAAAAGACAUCAACCAGGAGAAACUUUUAACUUAUGCACAAAACAUCCGCAAACAUGGUUUCAACUGCAGUCACAUAGAGCUGGAUGACCGCUACACCAGUGGAUAUGGGGAAUUUGUGUUUGAUCCAGAAAAAUUUCCCAACGCUUCUAGCAUGUUUCAAAAGUUAAAGGCAGAUGGCUUUCUGGUGUCUUUAUGGACACACCCAUUUGUUAAUUAUGACUCUGAUAACUUUGGCUUCUGUGUUGAGAAGGGCCUGUUUGUGAUGGAGCCUACCGGCCAGCUCCCCGCACUGGUACGCUGGUGGAAUGGCAUUGGAGGCAUCCUAGACUUUACCAAUCCAGAGGCUCGGAACUGGUUCACCUCUAACCUGAGAGCCUUCCGUUCCAAAUAUGGUGUUUCUUCCUUCAAGUUGGAUGCUGGUGAGACCAGCUACUUGCCCUGGAAGUUCCGGACACGUGUCCACCUGCCAGACCCCAGCACCUUCACCCGCCGCUACACGGAAAUGGCUAUGCCCUUCAAUGAGCGAGCGGAACUGCGCUCGGGCUACGGCUCACAGAAUAUCUCCUGCUUCUUUCGCCUUAUAGACCGUGACUCAGUGUGGGGCUAUGAGCUCGGCCUCAAGUCUAUCAUCCCCACCGUCCUCACCAUCAGCAUCCUGGGCUACCAGUUCAUCUUGCCUGACAUGAUUGGGGGCAACGCAUAUCCCAACCGCACGUAUGGCAAUGGGAAGCUCCCGGACCGUGAGCUCUACAUCCGCUGGCUGGAGCUCUCCGCCUUCAUGCCGUCCAUGCAGUUUUCCAUCCCACCUUGGGAAUACGAUGCCGAGGUGGUCUCCAUCGCCCAGCGCUUCACCGCCCUCCACGAGACGCUGGUGGCACCCAGAGUUCUGGAGUUGGCAGGUGAAGUCUUGAACACUGGAGACCCUAUCAUCCGCCCUUUAUGGUGGAUAGCCACCAGUGAUGAGACAGCCUAUAGAGUGGAUUCACAGUUCCUGAUAGGAGAUGAUCUGAUGGUGGCACCAGUGUUGGAGCCAGGUAAGCAGGAGAGAGAUAUUUAUCUGCCAGCUGGCCACUGGAGAAGCUACAAGGGGGAGCGCUAUGAUAAUAAAGAGCCAAUGCAUCUCACUGAUUAUGCUGUUGAUCUUGAUGAGAUUGCAUAUUUUCUUUGGGUGCAGUGAUGCCAUUGCAGGACCAAUGACUUUUUUUUUUUUUUUUCCAGGGAAUACGCAUUAUAUGCUUUGCAUCAACACCUCUGCGAGGCUGAGUGUUCUAACAAUAUCUGUAUGAAAACAAGACACAAUGCUUCUGUAGCAUAGAAGCACACCUUACACUAAACGUAUACACUGAUCAGCCAUGACAUUAACACCAUGCGCCUAAUAUUGUGUACCCCAUAUUUAAGUCCUGUAAGUUGCACAGUGGUUCAGAAUAGUUUUUGUUUUUUUUUACAGUACGUCCCGAUCUGGGGACUUUGUAAGCCAAGUCAACACCUUGAAGUCUUUAUCAUGUUCUUCAAACCAUUCCUGAACCAUUUUUGUAGGUGUUGCAUUAGCUAGCUGAAAAAGGCCACUGUCAUUAGGGAAUACUGUUGCCUUGAAAGGGUAUACUUGUUCUGCAACAAUGUUUAGGUAGGUGAUACGUGUCAAAGUAAUAUCCACGUGAAUGCUAAGACCUUCCAUUGCUCCAUGGUGCAGUUCUGAUGCUCACUUGCCCAUUGCAAGCGCUAUCGGUGGUGAACAGGGUCAAUAUAGGCACUCUAACUGGUCUGUGGCUACACAGCCCCAUACAUAGUAAGUUGUAAUGCACUGUGUGUUCUGAUACCUUUCUAAUAUAACCAGCAUUAACGUUUCAGCAGUCAGACUAGAUGGGCUACCCUUCUCAACAUCUGUGCAUAAGCGAACCUUUGAAUCCCAAGACCCUGUCGUCGGUUCACCAAUUCCUUGAACCAUUUUUGAUAAAUACUGACCACUGAAUACCGGGAACACCACACAAGAUAUGCCAUUUUGUAGAUUCUCUGAUUCAGUCAUCUAGCCAUCACAAUUUGGCCAUUAUUAAAGUCUCUUAGAUCCUUAUGAUGCCAAUUUUUCAUGUUUCCAGUACAUCAACUUCAAAAGCUGAUUGUUCACUUGCUGUGUAAUAUAUCUGACACCUUGACAGGUGCUAGUGUAAUAAGAUAAUUAAUGUUAUUCACUUGUCAGUGGUUUUAAUGUUGUGGCUGAUUAGUGUGUCAUCAUUUAGCCAAAAACUUUAAUAAUGCAAGUAAUAAUCCCUCUGUGUUUAUUCUUGCCAUAUAUGUGAGCAGUUACAGCAGUUAGAUUUGCAAAUAACUUGAGCGCAUACCUAACCAUGUGCCUUACAUUUUUAAAUGUACAUACCAGAUGACCUAUUUGUAAGCUUCCAGACCUAAAACAAGGCUAGCUAGCAUGCACAUUUCAUGGUACACGUAGGAUGUGAAAUUGGAUGGUUUGGGUCAAUUGGGUCAUGUUACUUUUUUUUUUCUAUAGAUGGCAUUUUAAAUAGUAACAUUUUAAAUAAGUGUUUAAUACAUUUCAGCUUGAAUGUGAAUAUUAAUAGCUCAAAUUAAAACAUUUCAGUUGACUUGUUUUAAAACUAAAUAAUGUGUCCUCUCUGCAAAUGACAUUGUCAUAAGCAUUUGUACGUAUCUAGGGCAUAUGUUACUCAUGCAUUAAUGUAUCUUCCAAAAACGUAUGCAUAUCAGGCUAUUUCAAUUAAAUAAGCAUUACAAUACUGUGUUGUCAAUAGACAAAAGGACAAAAUUAGGCUCAGUUAUGUGUUUGUUUUCUGUUUCAUAUUAAAGCAGUAUUCCGUGUUUGCUUACAACGCAUCCUAAGCAACAAAAUUGUAUUCAGUAUAGGUUGUCUCUAGUACCAUUGCUUUAAGAAAUAAUAUUCAUACAGAAUAGAUGUAUUUUCCUGAAUGACUUCACUGGUGUUCGUCAGGAAAUUUGUAUAAGCUGCCUUGCCUGUGUCCAGUCGCACUGACAAUGAGCCAUAAGGGUGGGUUAAUCUUUCCUGAGUGCUGGGAAUUUUGCUACUUGAAAUGUCCAUUAUUCAUUCAGCUGUUUCUUUUUCUUAUGCCAUGGUGGUGUCAACAGAUGCCAAAUAUGUAACAUUAGCAUGUAGCAAAUCUGUAACCCUAUUCAGUCACUGCCAUGUUUAUGUAAUAUUAUAUUAUGUUGUACGUGACUAUUUUCUGUAUUGUUGAAUGUAAACAUGUGUUUUUUGAAUGUGUUGGUUUUGUUUGUUUGUUUGUUUGUAAUGAUGCAAUGUUGUUUUGCAAUGAUGAUCCAGCAUUAAGUACUAAGGUUGCACCCUUGCUGGGCAACACUGAUCUGUGUCCUCCGUUCUCCUUGCUGAUGUUUCAGUAUGCACUUCCAGCACACCAGCAGUCACGUCACCUCACCUCCAGCGAUUUGCUAAGCUGUAACCUCACAUCUUAUUUUUAGCAUGUCCCAUACAACUGUAAAAAAAAACAUUGUGGGAUUUGCUUUGUUGUAUAAUAGAAUAUCAACAUUUGUUUCUCGGUACAUUUACGUGGAUUUCACGGGGGAAAAAAAAACACACUAAUUUUUUCUCUACCAUGAGCCACUAUAAGUGGGAUUGUAGCUCACUGUUUCCAUGUGAUUGCAGCAUAAAUAAUGAAAUUGGAGCCUCAAAUUAUUUGAAAGUGACAUUUUUACUGGUAUUUUAUUAGUAUUUUUAAUUUUAUUUUUAAGUUAAGGGCUCAGCAUACUCAUCCCCAAAGUUUAGGUAAAUCAAGUGUUGGGUGUUAGGAUUGCCACUUUGUUGUCCAUUUCUCACACAGAACCUUUAAGUCUGGCGCUACUGUUAAAGUGCCAUAUCUAAAUCCAAACCAGUCACAUUUGUUGUGGCACAUUUCAAGUGUAGUUCAACUAAUUCUCAAGUUUAGGAAAUAUUUUCAUUUUCCUCUCUCUCUCUCUCUCUCUCUCUCUCACACACACACACAAUCAGCAUUGUGUUGCGUGUGGUUGUUCUUUAAUAUUUAUAACUUGCAUAGGCCAUACAAAUGUACACGAUCACCACUGUUCCCCCAGAUUCAUUGUGCACAAACGUAAUCCAUGCUUGAAAUGCAUUGCCAAGCAAAUCCGUGACGCUCCAGCCUAGAAAAGCGCCUACAGACUGCGUACCAUGCUUAUCUGGUUGGAGACCUGACACUGACAUGGUUAGAUUGCAGAAUGCUGAUGUACAGGAAAGUUACUGGAACUAAACCAGACACAACCUCCUACAAACUUGUUGAACUGGAAACUUUGCUUUUGUUUCUGGUGUGUUAGAUGUCCUCAACAGAUUCAUAUGAAGAAAGACACCACAAUUCAGUAGAAGUUAUGCUUUCUUUCUCUUUUGUUUUAUUCUUGUUUUUUUUCUUUAAUUACACUUUUGAUAUUUUGUCAGCAUGGCAUUUAACUGUGAAGCAUGAGCCUUGAAAUGGUUUAAACUGUGCUGUUGUAUAGGAUUCAUAUGGAAGGGCAUGCUGCCUUGAUAAGGCAGUAUAUAAAUUAACCCGGAUUUGACUGCAUUCUUUGAGAUGUAAUCACUGAUUUGAAAUGAUGCCGCACAGCCCUUAGGUGUUGUUGGAAUUCUUCCUGCCCAAAACAUUUAUCCUUCUUUUGUAUUGCAUGUUUCCAGGACAUGUAAAACUACAGGAACUAGCAGCUGAAUGGUAUUUAAGACAUUAAAAGACAUUUUAAUAUAUUUGAGAUGAUGGUACUUUGUCAUAAUGGUAUUGAUUUCACUGCAAGACGUUUUCCUCUAUACACUGUAAUCUAAUAACAGUGAAGCACAUGGUUCAGAAAAACAUAACUUUCAGCAUGUUAUGCAUUCGUGCAAUGGUUUUAGUUUAGGUUUCAGAGGCAUGAUAUACUGUGACACCUGCACUAACACUAACACCACUGGAUGGCAGUGUGUAUCUUUUCUGGUCUCUCAUGCUAUCUGUCUCCUGUAUUAUCAGGGUAUAAGAAAGUUGCCCUCCCUAACCCUUUACCUAUGCUGCUGAUCCCAUGGUCAUUGUCUCACAAAAUGUCAUUUCCUUGAACUGAUGUACAGUGAUGAGCUUAUUUUUAUACUGUUAACAGUUUGACCUCUGAAUGAAAUCCAAGAAUGAAAUGCUAGUCAUUUAAAUCUGAUCCUUUAUUGUUGUAGUUCAACUUCACCGAAGUAAUGUUUGCAUCCUGACAUCUCAGUGUCUUCCAGUGUGAUCGAAAUGUGUUCACACCAAUUAUGUUGCUGUUUUGCUUUGAAUAAUAUUUGAACUUCUGUUUCUAGAAGGAUGGAAGUACUUUUAUUUGCUGCCAUUUGGUUUCCCAGGCAUUUCUUGUGUUUAGGAUCUCUUCUGUGAUUCUGCUCGGUGGACAUUAAAGGACAAAGUUAAUGAGUGA